AUGGAUGUGGGAUCUGCAGCAAUGGCGUUUGGUGGUCCGGCGGUGGCAGUUGCCGGUGGUCUUUCUUUCGUUUUGCUCAAAACUUACCUCUCUCAUCAACAUGGUAAUCCCAAUCAUCUCCCUGCUAUUCCUGAGGUACCAGGUGUGCCAUUGUUUGGGAAUUUGCUUCAGUUGAAGGAGAAGAAACCAUACAAGACUUUUACGAAAUGGGCUGACACUUAUGGCCCUAUUUACUCCAUUAAAACUGGAGCUACUUCCAUGGUUGUCAUCAGCUCCAAUCAUCUUGCUAAAGAGGCUUUGGUGACCAGAUUUGAUUCCAUUUCCACCCGAAAGCUUCCGAAUACAUUAAGGAUCCUCUCGGCCGAUAAAACCAUGGUCGCACUGAGUGAUUAUGACGACCAUCACAAGACUCUCAAACGCAACGUACUCACUAGUGUCCUCGGACCAGCUGCUCGGAAGAAACAUCGUAUCCAUAGAGACACCAUGGCGGAGAAUCUUUCAGACCGAUUUCAUGCCUUGGCUCCGAAAUCUUCUCAUGAAGCAAUAAACUUGAGGGACAUUUUCCAGUCUGAACUUUUCUCAUUAGCACUCAAACAAGCAAUUGGGAAGGAUAUCGAAAGCAUUUAUGUGGCAGAUCUCGGAAUCACCAUGACAAGCAAGGAGGUCUUUCAGGUUUUGGUGAUUGAUCCGAUGAUGGGUGCCAUAGAUUUGGACUGGAGAGACUUCUUUCCGUAUCUGAAAUGGAUCCCCAACACCGGCUUCGAAAAGAAAAUAGAGCAAAUAGUUAACCGAAAAGAGGCUGUGAUGAAGGCCAUGAUUCAAGAACACACGAAACGCGUACAUUCCGGGGAGAGUCUGAAUAGCUACAUCGAUUACUUGUUAUCGGAGGCACAACCAUUAACAGAGAAAGAACUGCUAAUGUCCCUUUGGGAACUGAUCAUCGAAACAGCAGACACCACUAUGGUCACCACAGAAUGGGCAAUGUAUGAACUCUCAAAAAACCCAAAACAGCAGGAUCGCCUCUACGACGAAAUCCGAAACGUUUGUGGGUCGCAAAAGAUCACGGAGGAGAAGUUGUGCCAGAUGCCGUACUUAUCAGCCGUUUUUCAUGAAACACUGAGAAAGCAUAGUCCUAUUUCGAUAAUCCCAUCACGAUAUGUGCACGAGAACAUAGAGCUUGGAGGGUACCAUGUUCCUGCUGGGACCGAGGUUGCGAUAAACAUUUAUGGGUGCAAUAUGGAGAAGGAAAUCUGGGAGAAUCCUGAAGAGUGGAACCCAGAGAGAUUUCUUGCAGAAAACGAUCCAAUCGACCUGCAACGAACGAUGGCGUUUGGAGGGGGAAAACGAGUGUGUUCUGGGGCUAUGCAGGCGAUGUUGAUUGCUUGCAUUGGUAUCGGGCGAAUGGUUCAGGAGUUCGAGUGGAGACUGAAAGAGGACUCGGGAGAAGAUGUGAGUACGGUUCGGCUCACAACGCAAAAACUUAAUCCGAUGCUUGCGGUUAUAAAGCCCAGAAAGUAA